CAGGUGGUGUGUGGCAGCGGGAGGAGAAGGAGGAGGAGGAGAAAAAAAGAGUAUUUAGAAAAGUGCUGGAAGAAGAAGAAGAGGCGACGCGACUCUCUGACCCACCCCAGCACUCAGGGCAGCUUUAUGACCGACAGGAAGCAGACGUCCUCCUGUAAAGUUUCGACAGAACCACUUUUAGCGUGUCAGCAUGGCCGGAGGCUCGGUGUCGGAGUGUAAGGAGUACCUGUUCAAAGUGCUGGUCAUCGGGGAGUUAGGAGUGGGCAAGACCAGCAUCAUCAAGCGCUACGUUCACCAGCUCUUCUCGCAGCAUUACAGGGCGACCAUCGGGGUCGACUUCGCGCUUAAAGUCCUGAACUGGGACAGCAAGACCCUGGUCCGGUUACAGCUGUGGGACAUCGCAGGCCAGGAACGAUUCGGGAACAUGACCCGGGUGUACUACAAAGAGGCUGUCGGGGCGUUCGUCGUGUUCGACGUGACGAGGGGCGCCACGUUUGAAGCGGUGUCCAAGUGGAAGCACGACCUGGAUAGUAAGGUGAAGCUGACGAACGGCAACCCCAUCCCCGCGGUGCUGCUCGCCAAUAAAUGUGACCAGAAGAAGGAGAGCUCCAACAAUGCAACCUUAAUGAACAAUUUCUGCAAAGAGGCUGGCUUCCUGGGUUGGUUUGAGACGUCAGCUAAGGACAACAUCAACGUGGACGAGGCGGCCCGUUUCCUGGUGGAAAAUAUCUUGGCCAACGACAAAGGUUUGCCGUACGAGGAGAGCAACGGAGACCGGAUCAAACUGGACCAGGAGACUGUAGCUGCUGAGAGCAAGUCGGGCUGCUGCUAACACUCAGUCCACUCAUAUUAAGCAUCCGCUUCCCUCUGGUAAGGUCCAGUGAGCUCUAGCAGCCUGAUGCACCCUCGAAGAAGAAUAUGUAUUUUUAUUUUAUUUUGUGGUCACUUCCAACCUACAGGAACUUCUCUUCGUUGCAUCGAGGCGUAUUUGAAUUGUGCAUCCAAGGUUCUCGUUACCCAGUUUUGUUUUGAUAUCGGCUCAGUUGUUUUCAACUUAUCUGUUGGAAGGAAUUUUAUUUUGUUUUUUUACUAAAACCUAUAUAUAACCCAGAUCUACCAGCUGUUGCUCUGGCAGCCUUUUUACUGUAAGUCUUGAACAAGAAAGGUGCAAACUAAACAGAAAGGUGAAAAAGCAAGGCUAAAAAAAUAAUAAUCUGUAGCCUUUUGAUUGUCACUUUAGUGUACUCACUUUCUAUAUGUGUAUAAUUUUGUCACUUAGCAAUUAUCUGUAAAAAGAAGAAUAUUUUAUUGUGCCUUUCUUUGGUGAACGUUACAUUUUACAGCACAGGCUGUGUAUCUCCAACUGUUCUCAUUGUUAGGUUACUUUUAGCAAAUGGACAUCACUGUAAAGCAUUAUAAAAUGUUAUAUCUUAAAUUUCUGUCCAAAUGUAUAGUCUUUAUCCCAUUUUUGUCUACAAAGUUUUAUUCAAUAACACUUGUUAGUUUAACUAUUUGUUUAUUCAAUGAACAAACUGACGAUGCAAAGUGAUAAAACAGUAUUUCACUAAUACAAAGAAGGAAAAAAAACUACUGAUGGUACUAAAUGUUUCUGCAGGUAUAAUUGUGUAAAUUGACAAUGUGUUCUUUUGAAAUGUUUUGUGUCAUCCAUUGCGUAACUGAUGUGGUAUAAAACCAGAAUCAGAGGACUACACUGUUUUUGUACAUGGUAAUCUGUUCAAGUGUUGUUAAAAUGUAAAUAUUGUUUUUAAACAUGUUUACAUGUAAAAAUACUUUCGUUAAAGCCAAAGUAGAAUAAACAUUUUACCAAUG